AUGACCGAAAGAAAAUCAAUAGAAAAUUGGGAAGAUCGUGAAAAUAUAAUCAGAUAUGAAAGUAAUGAUUUAUUUCAAGCGACCACUGAAUAUGAAGUGAAUCGUCCACCGAAAUCACCUGGGCCGACAUUAGGACCAUAUUAUCAAUUUGUAACAACUGAUUUGGAAAAGAUGCUUUGGAUAGGAAGUGCGCUAAUAUUUCGACAUGUUACAUACGAUAGACCGAACAUUGAAUUUACGUCUGAAGCAAAACUCGACUACGAUUGGGAAAUUUUAUAUGACAAUAUUUUUGAUAUGCGCGCUUAUCGAAUUAAUCUUUAUAUUGAAUUACGUAACAGCAACGAUGACGAAAAAAUUUGCUGGAAAAUCGAUUGGGGUGAUUAUUCAACAAAUGGACUAUUUUAUAUUGCUCAAUAUGAUCAAAAAUGGCGUGGUGCAUUCUUCUCAUGCAAUGGCUUUGAUAUUGCUAUGUCAAAACAAGUCAUAUCGGAUAUGACUUACAGUACGGUUUGGAAUCAUUUGCAUUCUGUUCAUGAAAAGACUCCACUACAUCUUUUGUUAUGGGGUGGCGAUCAAGUUUAUCAUGAUGGUAUUUUUGAAGAUGUUCCAUUUUUGAAAGUAUGGUGCGAAAUGAAAUGGGAUCAAAAAUGGACAGUAGAAUUUGACAAUGAGUCGAAAAAAGCGGUCGAACAGUAUUAUUUUAAUAAUUACGCCGAGCAGUUCGAAUGUCGUCCAGAAGUAAAAAAGGCAUUGGGAUCGAUUCCGAGUUUAAUGAUGUGGGAUGAUCAUGAUAUCUUUGAUGGAGCUGGAUCCUAUCCACCACUAUUACGUAAUAGUCCAACUAUGCUAGGAUUAUUUGAAGCAGCACAAAAAAUGAGACUGCUCUUUCAACAUCAUACUACGCCAGAAAAAGCUCGAAAACAUCAUUUGUUUGGUUUUCAAGGUCAUAAUUUUUUCGCUCACUGUGGUCCAAAUUUAGCUAUUUUGGGUGCCGAUAGUCGUACUGAACGUGAUGAAAAAACAGUUCAGCAUGAAAAAACCUGGAAUAUGAUAUUCGAAAAACUCACUAAUGAUCUUCAAGAUGUCAAACAUCUAAUUGUUGUAUUUCCUAUUCCAUUUUCGUUUGCUCGUUAUAAAAUAGCUGAGCCACUCCUAGAAGUUUGGAAAAAUAUCACGAUGAAAUGGCACAAUAUCCCAUAUAGUAAAAAAACAAACUCAGUCUUUGAUUUACCUGAACUCUACGAUGAUCGCCUUGAUAAAUGGACACACGAAGCACAUCUUGAUGAACGAAACAAUGUUCUUUUUCGUUUUCAAGAGCUUGCUCACAAGAAACGAGUAAGAAUUACAUUUUUCAGUGGCGAUGUACACUGUUGUGGUCUUGCUCGAUUUCGAACACGAGGAAAUAAUGCUCCAUCGUAUAUUCAUGAUGCCAAAUUUAUGUAUCAAGUGGUUUCAUCUGCCAUUGUCAAUAAACCACCACCGCUACCAUCUAUUCUCUGUGCCCAUUUCUUUCAGACUAAAUGGUAUCCAAUCAGUCAUACCGAAGAAGAGUUAAUCGAUUUUUUCGACAUAGCACCGGAUAAAAAGACAAAACUAUUCCUUAAAAAAGUUCUUGCAAACCGAAAUUGGUGCUAUUUUGAACAGUGUACAACGAAUAACUCAACAUCUCAUACUAUUGUUCCAAAUGGUUUUCUUGAAAGUUAUUUUUGGCCAUUCAUUGACUACUGUCUAUCAUCAAUAGGUCUGAAUCACAUACUAAAUUGGAAACAUCAAACAAGUACACAAAAUUUGACACGUCAAACUUCAUAUAUAACAUCAUUUUCUACGCCAAUAAGUCAACCAGUGCAAGAAGGAAACAACUUGCAACUUCGCCUGUGGUUAGAAAAUAUUGAAACACAAAAAGAACAACGUACAUUUACAAAUUAUGAUCUAUUCAUUCCUCUUUUAGAAUAA